AUGGUAGCUAAACCACUUACCACCGAGCUCGUUGCUCUUACAGAGAAGAAGAUGGACAUGACAUUAGAUGAUAUAAUCAAAAUGUCUAAAAACCCUAAAGUUACAAAGCAAACUAGGGUUUCGAACAAGAGCAAAACGUUUAUGAACACUUUUGCACAAGAUAAAUCUUUGAAGGCGCGGCGAUAUAUGGAGUCGAGAUCUUCUCUUAGACAAGGAGUUCUUGCAAAAAGAAGGUCAAGUUUUCAAGGAAAUCAAUUUCCCCUUGCAACUGAGGUUGCGCGUAAAGUUGUUGCUGCUCCUCUGCAUUAUGGAGUUGCUAAUCGAAAUAAGAUGGCUAACUGGAAUAAACCAAGGUUCCAGUUUCCUGUGAAUCAGAGAAGACCUGCUAGUGGAAGUUUUGCUGCUAAGCCACCACCUCCCCUUCAGCAUCAGCAGCAACAACAUCAGCAUCAUUAUCAGCAGCAAGAUGUCAAUAUCAAGCCUAAUAAUCAAAGGCCUCAUACACUGGAUUCACUGUUUGCAAAUAUGAAGGAGCAAAGAAUGAAAGCUUUCUCAAGGCAGAACAAUGCUGUGCAGCACAAUGGAGCCGGUAACGGGAGGUCACCAUGGGGAAGAGGCCGAUAUGGCAACUGA